ACAUUGACGUUAGUGGAAACAACAAUAUUGAAAGCGUAAAACGAAAAAGAUUAUAAUUUGUUUGAUUAUAACUAAAUAAAUUCGAUAUAAAAAUGCAAGAAGAUUUAGAAGUUACCGGAGUCUCCCGCAGUGGUAGAGUUAGGAAGAAGAGUUCAAAGCUGAUGGACUUUGAGUCUCCUGAUGAUAUCGAGACAAGAUUUCGUCGCCAGACUCCAGUAAAGACUUAUUCAACUGCCAAACAUGAUGAACCAAUGGAAUAUCAGGAACAGACACCUCAACGGCCUGUCGAUGAAGCGGGAACUGCUUCUGGCAGUGAAUCAGAUUAUUACGAAAAUAACGCGGAUAAUGGUGAAAGCAUGGAAUCAGACAGCUCCGUCUCGGACGAAGGCUCAGCUCGAACACCAGCUAAUUCCUUAUAUAUGAUGGAGAAGAGCAAAAAGAAGGUUAUAGUCAAAGACGGCAGAGUAGUCGGACGGGCUAAAGCUCAGAGGAAGGAUAAAGGUGCACUUGAUCUCUUAUUACAGCUUUUUUUCAACACCAGAUGCGUAAAAAGGUGUGUUGUGAUGCUAAUAAUGAUUCCAGGUGUACGUCCCCCUCCUAACCAAGGCCCCGGUAGGCCCUCGAGUGGCCGGGCCCCUCCGAGAGCCGCGCCCACCACACCACCACACCAAGCACUUGUGCCAGUGAGUGGAUCGAGCAGUGCUAAUGCAGGAGUAUACCGUAUGUCUGGAUGUGGGGCAGCGGAAGUGGCUGCCCAUCUCCGCUUGUUGGGAGAGAGCCUGGCUAUCAUAGGAGAACGGCUCAAAGAACAUGAGGGCCAGAUCGCCGUGUCGGGCUCCGUGUCGGUGCUGCUGGACACGCUGCUGUGCUCGCUGGCGCCGCUGCUGGCCGUGGCGCGCGCCGUGCCCGCCAUCGCGCCGCCGCCGGCGCUCAUGCGGGACACCCUGCACAACAUCGCCUACAUCAUGCCGGGCCUCUAGACCCCCCGCCGGGCCUCUAGACCCCCC